AGACUUCAACUUGGAUUGACACCGCAGCCAUCUUUGUAGCAUCGAUCCCUAGCAUAAUUGGACUAGAUAUUUUUUUCUGCCGACAUGGGGCAGUACUGGAUAUUGCGAAAUCUUGACAAUGGCAGUAACCUGGGUGGCGGAAAAUUAGGCGAAUGUCUCAUUGACGGUUCAUUCAAUGAUUCCAUCCCGCCAUUGGCUAUUCCUACUGGUUUUAAACCCCCUAAGGAUCUUCCAUCCCUCUUCAAUCAGACUGAUCAUUUCAGCUGGGAAAAGAGUACGAAAGCACCACCUAAAUGUUUACCUCCACAAAAAGAGAAGCUGGGACAUCUACAAGUCUUUCCGGACGAGAUUAUCUCUCACAUCUUUAAGUCCAUUGAGACGAAAGAAGAUAUCGCCAGAUUCAGCCUUACCAAUAUCUAUCUCUUCUAUAUUGGCUACGAAGUCCUGCAGCAACGUUACAUGGCGGAGAAGCCAUCUUGGGUAGGCGAUCGUCUCAUGUGUGUGGGCGAUUACGCUCGGAUAGAAGACCUACCUACUGGCGUUUUUACACAAGAAGAGGUGGACAACAUGAAGCAAUACCAAGACAAUUUGGCAGAUUCUUCCUCGUCCAUAGGUUCUUUGGACGAUUAUCUCCGAGAAAUUCAUCCAAAUCAUCGACGCGUCGAACUUGGACUUGAUUACGACGCAAGGGAACGUCUAAUGACAGAAAUUUUCGAGGACGAGCGUGUCUCCUGGGAGUAUAGGUCGCGAAUCCACAGUGCGCUCUUCGAACUAGGCAGUCCCAGGCUUCUGUAUAAGAGUGAACAUCCUUGGGUCCUCUGCAAUCUGUCCAAGUUCCAGUAUGUCCGAUUCGAUGCCGUGAGGGAGUUGCACGGAGCUAAACCCAAGCCAGCGGAAGGCCCGUUUCAGUUCGACCGUGCUUGCUUCUCGGUUGGGACGCUGUUGGUAUCCAGGAUCUGUUGGUCAUGGGAUAGUAGCACCUCCCUUUGUUACAAAGGUCCUAUCCAUCAUGGUGUGUGGGCAGGAGACAGGUUCGAGGUCACCACGACGGACCGUAUGCGGCCUACAGAGGGAGGUAAAGAGUGGGACGACGUCACUGAUGAAGUCCUUAACGAGGCGAUUGAGAUCUGGAAAGCGGAUUUUGGAAAGAAUUGGGUAGAGUAUUUAUGAAUUCCAUGAAGUAUGUCCACCGUAGAGAAGUUGUCAGGCUAUCACCAUACAAAUGUCAUCCGAGCCUAUUGUUCUGUGAUCUUCGAGCCUUAUGGCAACAUUCGAUAUGCAUAAAUGUUUAAAAACUUUGACUCUGCCCCC